GUCAUGUCAGAAUCCUGAUCUAAUCAUUGCGCAAAGUUAAAAGCUGCUGCAGAUUGGGAGCUGCUGCAAUACAAGUCCUCCGCGGUGGCAAGCAUGGCCUCCAAAGAGCAAUCUGGAGAGGCUGCCAAGCCCGGUGGCAAGAAGAAGGGCAAGACCCUUCCCCUGACUGACUUCCUGAAACCAAAUGUGGGACGAUGGGCGGAUGAGGACGUCGAUAAUGACACACUUGAGAGCCUUCCCCCUCUGCCGACCGCACCUGGAGAGGGCGCUGGCUACCAAUCUGUUGGGGCAUACAGCAGCGCUCCAAGCGGACCGUCUCGGCCGUUGCCAGACCACCCACCGUUCAAGGUCUUCAUUGGCAACAUCCCCUACGAAGCCACUGAGAACGAAAUGAAAGAUAUUUUCUCUCCCCCUCUCGAGGUGGUGGAUGUACACAUCAUCAAGCACAAGGACACCCUCAAGCCUCGCGGCUGCUUCGUGGAAUUUGCCACACGUUCUGACUUGGAGAAGGGCCUCAUGAAGGACGGCUCGGUUGUUCUUGGCAGGCCCAUUCGUGUUGAUGUGGCGGAGGACCGGCCUGAUCGCGCACAGCGCUCUGGAGGUGGCUUUGGGGCCCGUUCCGACCGCGAUUUUGACGGGGGCCGAGACCGGCGGCGCGGGUACGGCUUUGGCGAUGGCGGCUAUGAAGAUGACCGUAGGGGCGCCGGCGGUUUUGAGGACAGGCGCAGGGGAGGGGGCGGCGGCGGCUUUGCUGACACCUAUGGCCCUGACAGGGGCAGGCCCAGGGAGGGCGGCUUUGGGAGGCAAGAUGAUGAGGGCAGAAGGGGCCCUGGCGGUCAGGACCGUGGGGAGCGUGGCUAUGGAGGCUUCAGUGGCCGCCACGAGGAAGAAACAGGCGGCAGCCGGUGGGGUCACAUAAACAGGGAGCCGGCCCAGCUUCCUCUGCGCGCCAGGUCGCCUCCGCCCCCUGUGCAGGAGGCCGCGGAACCUCUGGACCCCACAGAUCGCCCCAAGCUCACACUGGCACCCCGCUCAAAGGCAGAUGAGACCGGGCCUGAGCAACCAGCGGCAGCACCUGUAAAGAAGGCAAAUCCUUUUGGAGAUGCUAAGCCUAUCGACGCAGAGGCUAAGAUCCGUGAGAUUGAGGAGCGAGAGAAGAAGCGCAGGAUGGCAGAGGCUCAGAAGAGGGCUGCAGAGGCCGAGGCGGCGCGGGCGGCAGAGGUGCGGGUGAAGGCGGCCGCCCCGGGCCGCCCAGUGAACGGGGCCGGCCCCAACCGCGACGAUGACAGCGUGUCGUCCACCAGUGCGGCCUCGGCAGAGCGGCCGCAUGGGCCGGGGCGCGGCGGCGGCCGGGGGGAGGGUGGCGGGCGCGGGGGCCGCGGCCGGGGCGACGGCCACCGCGUCGGCGGCGGCGGCCGGGGGCCCCCGCGCACGGGGUUGCCCCCGGGGCUGGAGGGCCACCCUGAGCGCGGCUGGCAGGGCGGCGGCAGGACGCCGCGCGGCGGCUACGGCGGCCGCCCACGCAGCGGCGGCAGGGGCGACGGGGACAGCGGCCACCACCAAGGGCCUGCUCCAGGGAGGGGUCCGCCGUCGCGAACGGCCGCGCCACCUGCAGCCGAGCCGGCCAAGGAUGCGGCCGGUUUCCAGACGGUCAGCGCGCACCAGCGUGCCCGCAACAGGGAGAGGGAUGCUGACGCGGCCAAGAGCGCAGGCGGCCCUCCAGGCCUCGUCGCCAAGGAGGAGCCCAAACGGGCAGCUGUGUCUAACAAGUUCGACCUCCUGAAUCUGGACGAUGAGUGA